ACUCUUAAAUCUUUGGCACAUACUCCUUGCUCCUGGCUUUACUUUGUUCUAAAUUGCUCUCUCAUAGAGUCGCCAUAUCAAGCUGAAAAACAUCUUCAUUUUAAUGGCAUUUCUAACGGUUUAGAAGAGUAUCCGAAGCCAAGGUUCGAAAAGCGUAGAGCUUUGGAUUGGAUAUAUUUAAUGAAUUUUCAUUGUUAUCCAAUUAAGCCCAUACCUAAACGUUUUUUGGAUAAUGAGCAAGACUUGUUGAACAAUGAUACCCUCUUAUCGACUGGGUUAAAUAGACUAAGAGAUGACCGAUCGUCUUUAAAUGACACAAACAAAUCAGACAACACCACAGCAUUGGUCACAAACCAUUUAGAUCUUACUAGAUUCUCAACCGAGUCUUUACAUAGCUAUAGAUUUUUUGCAAGUGACGCUUCGAUGCUGGAAAAUAGACAGAACAUCCUUCGUCGUUCCAUAGAAUUCAUGAAGAGUAAGAUAAGAGGAUGCGUGCAAAACGCUUUAUUCUCUUCUGUGAUACCUACAAAAGACAUCGUGCUCCCUCAAGAGAUCGCCAGUGAUAAUGAUUCUAGUACACCUCGUAAAUUCAAACGAAUGUUAACCGAUAUUCCUAUUCCUUCAUUGUACACCGCUAUAAACCCUUCAUCAACUUUACAUUCACCAACACGAUUCACUCCACAAAAUCAAGCCAUCAUCACUACCGAUAGUCAAAGUAAUAUACUAAAUGUCAACGACAUCGCCUGCUUGAUAUUUGGAUAUUCACGAGUUGAAAUAUUAAGCAUUAGAGCAUUAGACCUGAUCGCUAGUCCUUUUAGAGAAAAACUAGCGAAGUCGCUUGCCGCAAGGCCUCAAGAUGAUCAUGGAAGUUGUGAAGCUGUACUUGCAUGCGGUAAAGUUGGCACAGUGAUGAAGUCAUCGGGCGAUGUAAAGGCUUUGUAUGGCUAUUUACCCGAAGAUAUUGUUGGAAUGUGUAUUACCGCUCUAAUCCCUACUUUGGAAACUGUUCGAUCCAACGAAAUAGAUGAUAUGAUGACAGGUCCAAAUCCUCGGUUGGAUAUUGACCAAAUAAACAAAACGAAGUAUUAUGGUAGUCGUUCAAAAUAUGGUGCCAACUUUCCAAUAAUUGGAAAAAUUUCGGUAACUUCGGUACCUGAGGAGACUCCUGAUGAACGUGAUUCGUCCAUUAUAUACGGACUUAAAAUUAUAUCAAUACCCACCAUCGCUGGUGUCAUAACAGCACAUGCAACUGGUAUAAUUCAGUCGUGUAAUUCCGACUUUGUGAAAUAUCUCUUUGGUGUUGGUGCGCAAGAGUUGAACGGAAAGCGUCGUAUCGAGUCGUUACUGCCUCAAUUUCCUCGACUCAUCGAAAUUCUUGCUUCCGAACGAGAUCUCGAUGAAGGAAUAGUGAUUACAGAGAAUGCCUUUCGUCGUGCAGUAGCUACGUUGAUUUCUCACACUAAAAAUCUGCCUGCUUCAAAAGAACCUUCAUCUACCGUCUUGGCAAUGCCCGUUCAAGGUCCCUCAGGUAUAAUUGCAGUACAUAGAGAUGGUACCGAGUUUGACGUAGAUAUUCAAAUGCGCGUACUUGAAUCGUCCGAUGAACCAUUGCAUGCAUUAUGGAUUACAUAUGAUCGUAAUUUUAAUUUUGCGAAGGAACGGCCUGUCGAAGAUGUUGCAAUAACUUCAAUACCUUCUAGUAAACCGGAUGAUGAGAAAGGGCAGGAUGAAGAUAAUGAAAAGUUUCCAAUAUCGAAAUUUAUAGCGGCUGGUGGCAGACCACCAUCAUUGGCAUACUCGUCAAAUGAUAGACGGAUAUCUGUACCCCCAUUGAUUUCGCCCGUUGCUGAGUCUUUUGAUCCGAAAUCGUAUUCGGCAAUAUCAUUGGCAAAGAGCAUUGAUGACUUCAUAAUACUGGAAUCUUUGGGUAAAGGUGCAUAUGGGGAAGUCAAAUUGGCAUAUAAUAAAAAUGAUCCAGAAAAGAAAAAAGUGGUACUUAAAUUUGUGACGAAAUCUCGGAUACUUGUGGACUGUUGGACUCGUGUCAAGGAUCUUGGGACAGUACCACUGGAGAUUCACAUCUUACAUACACUAAGAAGUAUUCCUCAUCCCAAUAUAGUGCAAAUGGAAAUGGGAUUACAUGGUGAGGGCAUGGACCUAUUCGACUAUAUUGAACUAAACGCAUCUAUGCACGAAUCAGAAAUAAAGUCCAUAUUCCGUCAAGUAUCACGUGCCAUACAACAUCUUCAUCAUAACAAAAUUGUGCACCGUGAUAUCAAAGACGAGAAUGUGAUACUUGACAAAGAUGGUAAUGUUCAAUUAAUCGAUUUUGGAUCGAGCGCAUAUCUGAAAUCUGGUAGAAAAUUUGACAUCUUUUGCGGCACGAUUGACUAUGCUGCGCCAGAGGUCUUAACGGGAAAAAGAUAUGACGGACCACCACAGGAUAUCUGGGCUUUGGGUAUUUUACUUUAUACCCUCAUAUACAAAGAGAAUCCUUUCUACAAUAUUGAUGAAAUAAUUGCCAGAGAUCUUAGAAUUCCAUAUAUAUUAUCUGACGGUUCGAUCGACCUUGUAAAGAAAAUGCUUGACCGGGACACCGACAAGCGUCCAUCAAUUGAUGAUGUCUUGAAUCAUCCAUGGCUUCGUGAAGAUUAA